GUGGCAAAAGCUUCGCAACCUCUACGACAAGCAACAUCGAAGCGGUCACCACCGCUUAUCGAGCUGUCCCCACCGAAGAAACAACCAGGGAUGAAGAUGUCUGUAUUGGAUGGCCAAACUGGAGUAGAGGCGGCUAGGAAGGAAGCUGGUCGGAUGUCCACGGAUGAUGCUCAGAUGGAUGAGUGGAGAGUUAUGUCUAAGAGUGUACAGCUGCACGAGGUGUCUGUCGGGAAGGCAGUGAGGUAG